AUGAGUGGUAUAUCUCGAAUCGCCAUUGGCCAACUAUGCUCCUCAUCGAGCUUGAACAGGAAUCUAGAGACUGUUAAGAGACUUAUCGGUAAAGCUAUUGAUAGCGAUGCCCAAAUGAUAUUCUUCCCUGAAGCCACUGACUACAUUUCAAGAGAUGCUGCACAUUCCAAGAAAUUGGCUUAUGGUAGUCCACUGUUUGUUGAGGAGUUGAGAGGAGAGAUUCGAAACGUUUACGAAAAGACUUCGAAGAAGAUUGAUGUUGCAGUUGGAGUUCAUCUGCCACCUACGGUGUUUGAAAUGGAGAAAGGUGAGAAUCGAGUAAAGAAUGUAUUGCUCUAUAUUAAUUAUAAAGGGGAUAUUGUUCAAUCGUACCAAAAAAUGCAUUUAUUCGACGUUGACGUGCCUAACGGGCCCAUCAUGUUGGAAUCCAAGUCUGUGCAGCCGGGGCACAGUUAUGCUGAUAUCGUGGAAAGUCCAGCUGGUAAAUUGGGGCUUGCGAUUUGUUAUGAUAUUCGAUUCCCAGAGCAGUCUAUGGAACUACGGUCCAGGGGAGCUGAGAUAUUGUGCUUCCCCAGUGCUUUCACUAUGAGAACCGGUGAAGCUCAUUGGGAGCUGCUGGGGAAAGCAAGAGCUAUGGACACGCAAUGUUUCGUUGUAAUGCCUGCCCAGAGCGGGCAACAUCGUGUGUAUGAAGACGAAGAAGAUGACGAAGCUGGGAAACGCGAUGAUUCGCAACCACGUAGAUCAUGGGGUCAUUCAAUGGUUAUCGAUCCCUGGGGUCGGAUAAUAGCCCAGUCGAGUCAAGGAAGUGACACUGAGCUAAUCAUUGCAGAUUUGGAUUUCACGAUUUUGCAAAGUGUGAGAACUAAUAUGCCCCUGUGGCAACAACGUUCGAUCUUGAAUAAAUCAUUACAAAACGAGUAG